AUGGCUGACAACGAUACAACAUGUGAUCAAAUGAUGAUGGAUUAUUCAUUUGGAGGUGGUCAUAUCAAUUCAAAUUUGCGAGGAAAUUUACCCAACGAUCAAAGAAUUAGAAUGAAACACAUGAAUGCCAUCAAUAACCAUUAUUACCUUUACAGUAAUAAUUCUAAUACGAAUUCUAAUACUAAUUCUAAUAAUGUAAUAGAACCUAUAGGAGCAGGAGGAUUCGGCACUGUCUACAAAACACAAAUUCCCUUCGAUAAUACCAUACACAAUGUUGCCAUUAAAGCAAUUGAAUUUGCAGAGGAUAAUCCAAAGAGUGAAAGUGAAAAGCAAAAGCCAAGCAGAAGACAAGUAAUGAAAGAGGCCAACAGAGUAUUUGUGCAUCCUCGACUUUUAUAUGUGAUGGAUAGUUUUGAGGAGGAUAAAACUCUCUAUAUUGUCUCGCCAUUCUAUGCAGGUGGAAGUUUGGAAAAGAAUCAAGUAAUAGAGGAGAGGUCAUGUUUGAUAAUUCUUGAACAGGUGUUGGAAGCUCUCGAGGUGUUACAUGCCAAUGAUUACAUUCAUAGAGAUAUUAAGCCUCACAAUAUUUUUGUCAGAAAUUCGAAUCCAAUUGAUGUUGUUCUUGGUGAUUAUGGACUGCUGAGAUCUGUACACACCUUAAAAACAACAGGAUUUUGUGGAACAAAAUACUUUACAGCACCUGAAAUUAAGGGAACAGAUGUUUCAAGUUACACAAACAAAUCAGAUAUUUACUCAACUGGUAUGACAGCAUUGAGAUUAUUGGGAGUUAUUAUUUCCGAUCCAAGAACGACGACUACAUUUAAAAGCCAAGUCGUCAAUGGAUUAGCAUCUAGGAAUGUUAGUAGGGAAACAACAGAGUUGAUAUUGCAAAUGGUUCAUCCAAACAGAAGAAAGAGGCCAAAUGCCACACAAGCAAGACAACAAGUUCAACAAAUUUAUUUCAUCUUGUUGCAACAAUCGAAUGAUUUCUCUCCAGUUUCGCCAAUUCAAACAACUAAUAGUGGUAAUUAUGGAGGUUUUUUGCAUGCUGUGUUGGACUCCUUUUCAGAACUUUUCUUUUAA